UUGCCUGAGGCACUCAAAUCGGAUAUCGAUAUAAAUACGUACCUUCGAAUUUUGGUGCUGGUUCCCUUCCCUCUUCUUUCGCGGUACCAUAUUCCAACUUUUUUUAUUUUUUUUAAAAAAGAAAAAGAAAACCACCUGGAUAUGGUAAACCUUUACAAUAAACGAAGCAAAAAUGUCGACAGCCUCUACAAUGUCGACAACCUCCACAGUGUCGACGACCUCCAUUUACGAAGCGAUGGAUCUCGACAAGUCGGAGAUACGGCUAAUCUACCUAGACUGGGACGGGAAUAAACAAGCACCUCUAUCUUGUGGCAUGAUCACAACUAAUUUGAUAUUCUGCCCUCGAUAUGCAGUUCUAUCUUACGCGACCGACAAUGGAACAGCCACGGAGGAGAUAAAAGUCAAUGGCGAGACCGUCAUGAUCACGACAAACCUGUGCAAUGCUCUGCAGCAACUUCGAGAGUCGGACAUGUUUCGGGACCAGGAACCUCUCGCGUUAUGGGUCGACGCGAUCUGUAUCGACCAGAACGAUAUCGAGGAGCGCAAUGCACAGGUGCAGACCAUCAAGCUGGUGUACGGGCGCGCCGACCGUUUCAUCUCGUGGCUGGCACCUUGCGACACUGGUCUAGACCUGGUGCGCAAAAUAGCCCUUGCGAUAGAAGAGAAACAAGAUCACCCGAACCAACCUUUGACGGAUAAUGACUUCGAAUGGUGGACCGAUUACCCGCAAUACUUAGUGCUGGACUCGCACUUCCCAUCAUACAAUACGGAAUGGAACAUGGUCGCGGAGCUCAUGCAAUUACCAUACUGGACCACAACCAAGGCUGUACAGCAUAUGGCCUUGGCUUCCGCGGAUACCCAUCUCUUCUUUUGCGGCGAUAAUCACAUCAGCUACCGCGAACUUGAGAGUUACGUCCGCUUCAUCGAGCAGAUUAGGGAUGAAAAGCCGCAGAAACCCGACAUCGUGCCGGAACUCUUGUGGGAGGCUAUUACCAGCAAUAUGCCCCUCAUACCACCAACCUUCCAUCUCGUGGAGGAGCUGAAGACUUGCUGGGAAAGUGAUACAGAGGGUGCCAACGCGAUGGUGGUCAAAGUCGCGCAGCAGUGCUCCAUUGAAGACCCCCGGGACGCCAUAUACGGACUCCUGAACAUUUUACCACGUCUAGACAUCAAACCGGACUACACUAAGCCCGUCGCAGACGUGUACACGGAGUGGUUCUCCAACUUGCUCCUCGAGACAGGCGGCCACGGCGGACUGCUCGCGUACGCGGGCAUUGGAUACGACAGCAGCGCCUCCACACAUGAAUACACACGCGACCUCCCCUCCUGGGUCCCGGAUCUCACUAACCUUAAACACUUACGCAGCGAGAAGGUGUUGGAAAUGACGCCAGACCACUAUCGCUGGUACCAAGAGACCUACAUUUCCCCGCUGCAGCUCGAGCUGAAGGAUAAAGAGGACAAGGAAAACGAGGGGAAGGGUGACACGCUGCGCAUCCGCGGCGUCAUCCUCGACAAGAUUACCCGCGUCGCGUUCCCCUGCGCGGGAGCCGCCGACGACGCGGCGCUGAGGAAGGGGCUCUGGCGCUUCGCGAUGGACUUCCUGGCCGAUCUGCGGACUAAGGAGGACGAGAACGCAAAUGGCCAGAACAAGGUCAAGGCGUUUGGUGCUGAGAAAAAGCUCCCCCCGCUGCAAGCAGUAUUGGAGGCGCUGUGCAGAGGGGAGGUCGAUGGCCCCGAGGGCGUGAGAGAACGGUUCCCCGUGCAGCGCGGGCAUCCAAUCGCGGCGGAGUUCUACGAUGUGCUGGUUGCCGAGUUCGCGAAGGAGAAGUUUCCGGAGGGGGAUCUGAAGGGGAUUAAAGAGGUUUUGGAGAGUAAUCUUUAUGGGGACGUGGAGGAUAAUGCUACUGGUGGGUCUGAAGCGGCGGCUACUACUCCUGCGAAUACUCCCACUUCUGCUACCCCCGACGACCAAAUCCCCCACCUCCGCAAAGAAACCUCCUGGCAGCGCAACCACACCCUCUUCCACACCGAGGGCGAACGCAUCGGCGCCGGCCCGCCCCGCACUUUUCCCCGCGACGUGGUGUGUCUCCUUGACGGCCUCGAUUGCGCGGUCGUGUUGCGCCCGCUGCACCUGCCUAGUUCUAGCUGGGCGUUGGUUGGGAAGUGCUAUGUGGCGGGGUUGCCGUCGACGAAGGAGAUCAUGGAGAAGAUUGCUAGGGGGGAGAAGAGGGUUGUGGUUUUUAAUGUGCGGAAGUAGGGGGUGGGGAGUUUGGUUUGGGGUGAUUGGGCUGCGUAUGGUUGGGAUGAGGGGAGUGAGAAGGGGGCGGGGAUGGAUUGGUGUUGAAAUGAUUCCCCUUUUAUGCGGUGUUUUAUGUGAGAUCCAUGGGUAGUGUUUAUGAGGGUGGUGUAGCUAGAUACCCAGGUUUAGGUAGUUCACGGAAAUGUGAUACACAGGAGAGUCUGAACCAUUUUUCUGCAGAUUCGAUCAAGUUUU